GUACAGCCUUUCUCGGGCUCUCUGUUCGUUCUCUGAAUCUCUCUUCAUCAUCUCUCUCUCUCUCUCUCUCUCGCUCUCUCUGAUACGCCAGUUGCCAGUUGCCAGUUGCCAGUUGCCAGGCAUUUGAGUUUGGGGCCUCCUUGACUCAACCUGAUACGGGAAGAAUCAUAUUCCGCACAGUUUUUUUAUUUUCCUUUGCUCUUCAUUUUCCCCCAGAGUCGUUCAUUCAUUCUCUGUUAUUGGUUCAUUCAUAGUUGCAUUAUCGGUUACUAUCAAAUGUUGAUGUUGACCGCAACUACCAUUGCCAGUACACCUCUACUUUCGCCAGCAGCGAAGCAUAAGGAUCGAUGGAAAAAGACUACAGAGCCAGCUGCAUGUAGUGCAGUGAGGAAUUGCUUGCAGUUUAAAUCAUUUGAUGCAGGAAGAGGUUCUAACGAGCUUGCUCCGAAUUCACUGGGGUUUGGCAUGAGAUUACAGCCCAUUGACAGGAGAAAACCAUCAAUGCGUUCUGCUUUUACAAUAUGUGCUGCUGCUUGGAAUGCAACAUGCAGUGCCUCAGGGCAAACUCAAACUGUUACUGUGAAGUCACCCACAAUACAAAAGGCUCCAGAGAGGUCGCCUAAACUUGAUGACGGUGGUAGUGGAUUCCCGCCCCGUGAUGAUGGAGGUGGAGGUGGUGGUGGAGGAGGUGGAGGCAACUGGUCAGGCGGAUUUUUCCUUUUCGGCUUUCUUGCUUUCUUGGGGUUCUUAAAAGAUAAGGAAGGCGAGGAGGAUUACCGGGAAGGUAGAAGGAGAUAGAGAAGGAAUUGAAAUUGAUCAUUUUUGUAGACUCCGUGUUCCAAGUUUUGCCGUAUCCUCUCUUUAACAAAGAGAAAUUAUCCAGACUUCAUAUCAUAGGAACCUUGAUCUUAUUAAAAUUACAAAACUGCCAUUGGAGAAUGUGUGCGCUUGUGUUCUUUUCUGUGUAAUUGUACACAGCAUAGUAAACUUAUAAUUAUCUUGUUUCA